GCUUCGGUUUAGUCUCGAUAAUUCAAUCGACGUUCAACGUUGUGUCUGCCCUGUGUGCCCCGCGAUUGUGCCGUUACGCGAUUACGAAUACUCCAACGAAUACCCUCAACGCUCCAUGCCCAAAUACGUGCCGCAGGGUGCAAAAAAAAAUAAAUAAAAAUAAUAUACAACAAUUUUUUUGUCGCAGCGGAAGCGGAAGUACAUCGCGUGUGUGUGUGUGCGUGUGUUUGUGUGUGCCUCUGCAAUGGAUUUCAUUUUCAUUUGCCGCUGCAUUCCCCAGUGAAACCGAAACAGUGGAAAUGUGCUCGGGCUAGAGCCGUGUGCCACCGCCAUCGCCUCGUAUCGGUCAAGUGAAGCGCGAUUACAUGGGUAUUACGACGCCCAAUGUCAUCCCAAUCAAUUGAUCGCCAAGCAGCCACUCACCUAUUGAGGCAUUAGUUUACUGCUCCCGUCUGGCAGUAAAUGGGUUAAAAUUAUGUACAUUAAUCGCCGAAUGAAUGUCGAAUCAGUUAGAGAGACUGCUGUUUUUUAUUGUGGUGAUUUCAGGUGCAUUAUGUACAGUAGAAGAUUACGUAAUAAUGUCACAGUGUGCACACAACAAAGCCAUACACCUAGCUGCGGCAGGAACAGUCUCAGUGACAGACAUUUCACAGAUACAAAAUAUAACGAUAGUCGGCCUCCCGGAUUAUGUGAACAACGAAUUCAAAAUAGCACUGUACGCAAAAGAAACCCAAAGGUAUUUGUGUUUCAACGACAAUUGGAGAUUAGUUGGCAUGAGGGAACUGCGCGAUACCUGCUACUUCAACGAGACGAUCGUGCACGGUUAUUUCGUGUUCCGGUCCGUUGUCGACCUGCAGCGCCGUGUCGGGUUCACGCACCGAGGUAAGCCCGUGGGACCCAAGAAGACCGUCAACGAUGCCUGCUACAUGUUCAACAAGAUCGAUGCCGAGCAGUUUUUCCAUCAGCACACGUUACCAAAAUGGCGCGAGAUGGCCGCCAGCCAGAUGAUGGCCAGCAAUGGUAAUGGCAAUGGCAGCAGUAAUGGCCAAAAGCCGCUGCCGCUGCCGUCGCGCAGCAACAAAAACAAUCGCCACAAAUCGAAUAACCAAAAUCAAAAGUUGCAGCCGCAACAGGAGCAUCAUGGCCAUAAUAAUAAUAACAGUAACAUUAUUAUUAACAAUAGUAGUAAUAGUCUAAGUAGCACUAACAAAAGGAGAUUAGCAUUAAAUCGACAGAAGCAGCAGCAGCAGCAGAAGCAGCAGCAUCAGGUGCGACACCAUCACAAUGAUCCUUCGCUGCUAGCCAGGCGGCAGCAGCACGACAAGAAGCAGAAGCGACGACGCAAGGAGCAGUUGCAUCAACGAGUCACAGCUAGUCCAACGAAACGAGCCACAGCAGCUGCCACCACGGCAGCAACAUCCACAUCCGCAACGACCACUGCAACCAAAUGGUCAACAGCCACACAGUCCAUCAAGCGCAAGGGGAGACGAAGAAAGGGCAAGCCAAAGGCAAAGCCGCCGCCAGUCACAGCUGCCACAUCAACAUCUUCCGACGACUCCCUCUAUAGUAGCAGCAGCAGCAGCAGCAGCGGCAUGGGCUACGAGGAUCCCUACAAUGCCAGCAGCACUAGCAUCACUACCUUGGAGCCCUGGCCGACCUGGUCCACCAUUGAUAGCUUUACGCCAGAUGUUGCGGGUGUAAGUAGCAGCAGCAGCAGCAGCAGCAGCACAACUGCAACAUCAGACGACAGUAUUAGCAGCAGCAGCAGCAGCAACUACGAUGCCUGGUCCACAUUCAUCACGGAGCUGGAGAGCGAGGCCGCCUCCUCGGCCACCACCACCACGACAGAGAUGAGCGGCAACGACACCGAGCUGCUGCUGCAGUACGAGGCAGAGCUGGUGGAAGACGCGGAGACAGUGUCCACGACGGACUAUGAAACCAAAGGAACAUCAGCGGCAACGGCGGCAACGGCAGCCACAACUACCUCGACAGCGGGCACCCAGCUGGUGAUAGAGCAGACGCCGCUGCAGCAGGAGCUGGCCACCACUCUCGCCAGCCAGACUGAUCUUGCACCGAGCACGCAUAAGCUGAGCAGGCAUCGUGGCGGUGGCAGUGGCAGUGCCGGCAAGGAGAACCACAGGCAGUGGCUGCAGGGCGACAAUAAGUUGCAGCAGCAGCAUCAGCAGAAGUUCCUGCUGCCACUGCAGCCGCCAACAGGCAGCACGCGAGUACCUUCCGCGACGACGCCCAGGAGGAGGCUCUCCCUAUCCACAUCCGCAUCCACUGUGGAGAGGAUGAAGGCAACGCCGCCACAGCAACAUGGCCUCAUAGACAAGGUUUUCAGCGUGUACAAGAACAUCAACAGCAACCUGAACAACACCCUCACCGAGGCCUCGCCGACAGUCGACACCAGUCGUGGGGAGACCGUCACGGCGGCGACCACCAGCACCACCAAGAAGUCCCUGCGCAAGUCCACCCAGAAGCUGAUGGCCACGCCCUACCACCAGCUGACCUACGUGCGCAACGAGGCGGGGGACAUCGACAUCGACAACCUGGACAAUAUCAGCGUCUAUCCCGAUCUCUUCGAGGGGGAGCUGGACGUCAGCGACAGCGGCAACGGCAACGGCAACGGCUCCAUCAGCAACAGCCGGCUCACCUUCGUCAGCGGAUACCUGGCCACCUCGCCCACGUCCGUGCUGCCCGAGUCGAUACGGAUCGCCAAGAUCAAGAUCAACAACGAGCGCCGGCGCCUGCAGCUGCACAGCCAGCGGAGAUUCGCGUAGUAUCAUCAUUUUGGAGAUUAAACCCGCACUCAGAACAGUUUUCGAAUGAAUUAAGGCACGAUUAAAAAACAAACAACAAGUUAUGGAUGAAUAAACUGCAAUUUAUAAUGAACUGAUACAUAUAUAUACAGCGAUCGAUACUCGUAUAGGCAUAUACGGAGUUGCUUACUGUUCAGUACCUCAGCUCAGACAGAAGUUUGCACUUGCACGCCUUAAAGCACACUACAGAAGCGGAAGCGGAAGCGAAGAAGACCAGGAAGACCAUUACUCAGGCCAUACAUCACCCAAUGGAGUACAGAGUACGGUGGUCGGAGGGCGGAGGGCCGAAUGGAAAGAACUCGCAGAACUGCUACAUAGUUAUAAAUGAAAAGACAAUAAGAUUUUUAUUUACGAGUAUGUGCUAUAUAAGCUAACGAAACGAAACGAAACGAAAUGAAAUGAAACGAUGAGGAGAGCCGUAACGAUAGCAAUAACGAUAACGAUAGCGAUAGCGAUAAUCGAUGAUUGAUUGAUGUUUCAUAAUUAACUGCAAAAAAACAAACUGUUGAAAUGGAAAUUGCAUUUGCUUGCAGCUGACUUUUGGUUACUAAAUCAAUUAAAUUUAUUAGCAAUGAGAAUUAAUACAAGCAAAUGCUAAACAAAAAUCGAUAAAUAUAUAUAUAAAUAUAUGCAUAUAUUUUCAAAAUUUUAUAACGAAACGAAAACCAAUUGCAAUUAGAAAACAAAUAACAAAUUUAACGAAAAGCAAAAACCCAUGAAGACGUUUUUUAAAUUCAUACGCAAGCAGAAACUAAGAAUCGAUAACGAUGGCGAUAGCGAUAGCGAUAACGAUAGCGUGAGCAAGGUCGCACAGAAAAACACUUCCGAUAACAAACAAAAAAAAAGAACGUUUAGAAAGCAAUAAAUCAAUAUUAAAGAAUUUUACUAGGCACCCAGCGAAACGAAUUUGGACAGAUCGAUGGGGGGGCGGGGGGGGGUCUCCAUUCAGAAUAAACCGAAUUUUUUAAUCAAAUGCAGAAAGUUGUUGAAAUUGUCAGAGGGGAGGACAUACUGUAUGUAAUGAGAGCGAAGGGGGGUGGGAGGCGAACGAACCUAGAUCAAUGGAACAUUUUAAGGAACUGCACGAGAGACACCAAAAUUCACACUGAAUAAGCCACGUUAUAUUUAUUAACUGAAUAUGAAACUAAAACUAAAACUAAAGCUAAGCAAAUCGAAUCAAAAUAGCAACAAAACAGACAGAACAUCUGCUUUUCUACAUACAAACACAGACGCAAACACAAACGCAAACACAAACGCAAACACAAACGCAAACACAAACGCAAACACAAACGCAAACACAAACGCAAACACAUGCACAUAUACACAUAUACAUAUACGUAUAUAUAAAGCUACAUAUAUAUGAAGACGAAAAUGGAAAAAUGAUGAGCGAAAAUUGUUUCUCAUAUAUUUAUAUUAUAAUAUUUAAAGUAAAUAGUUCAAACAAAUUAGCAAACCAAAUAUGCGAAAUUCAAACAAAUCUGCGGAAAGGAGUCAAGUAAAAGCGAAACAAAAAACUGAAGCAUCAAGUUUAUACUCGAUAUACAUAUAUGAAUGUAAAAAGGAGGAAGCCCCACAAACAAAAACAAAAACGAAAACAAAAACACGAAGAAGUUAAAGCAAACUGCUUAGGUGAAAAUUUAAUUAGUGUGUACUUAAGACAAGAAGCCCAUUUAACGAUUGACCGAUUGAGCGAUUAAUCACAUACUUAACUAGGCAUUGAGGAAGAACUCGGAUCGAACUACUGUACUUACACACAUGCGCGUUGCUGUAAUAUAAUAAAAUUCUUAUGUUACCACCAAAAGCAGAAACUAUUUAUUUAAACCCUACGGAUGGGAACGGAUUGUCAUUUGUCAUUUGUAAAUUCAUUUGCACUUUUAUUUUGUACUACUUAGUUACGUUUAAUUAAUUGAUUAAUCAUACGCCUAAGUUAACAUUGCUACCAUUGUAAAUUGUAAUAUGUUUUAUUCCUAAGCCGAGCAUUAAAUGUAAUUAUUUAUGUAUAAAAGCAAACGAUCGUUUCACCCAUGUAUAACACACUCUCUACACGAACCACGCUCGCUCUCCCUAUAUCUCUCUGUCUCUCUAUCUCUAUCUAACUAUCUCUUAUAUAUACUUAUAUAUAUAUAUAUGAAUAUAUAAACAACUAUUUAAUUGCAUUUCUUUGUAUUAAAACGAGUAACGAAACACUAAUAAUUGAAUAAAAACAACGUAAACAAUA